GCGUUCACGCGUGUUGUGUGCGCGUUCACGCGGACGCCCAUCAAACGGAGCCUUCGUCCGAAGAGCCGCAGAAACAUUUAGUUUCUGUAAAAUAAAAUAAAAGAGGGAUUCCUUCACAAGCCCUGAACGAUGUGGAAGUCAGUGGUGGGCCACAAUGUGAACAUGAAGGUGUCUGCAGAGGGGGACGACUGGGAGACGGACCCCGACUUUGAGAACGACGUCUCAGAGCAGGAGCAGAGAUGGGGGGCCAAGACCAUCGAGGGCUCGGGGCGGAAAGAACACAUCAGCGUAGCGGAGCUCAGAAGCAAGGUGGCUGUGGAGCACGAGCAGGUGAAGCAGAAGGAGCACACUCCCAAAGCCUCGUACGGAUACGGAGGGAAGUUCGGCGUGGAGAAGGACCGGAUGGACAAAGCAGCCUUGGGCCACGACUACGUCGGCGAGGUGGAGCAGCACUCGUCCCAGAAAGACGCCUCCAAGGGCUUCGGCGGGAAGUUCGGAGUCCAGAAAGACCGAGUGGACAAGUCUGCCAUGGGCUUCGAAUACAAAGGAGAGGUGCAGCAACACGGAUCCCAGAAAGACUACUCGAAGGGCUUUGGAGGGAAGUACGGAGUGGAGAAGGACAAAGUGGACAAGGCCGCUCUGGGCUACGACUACAAAGGCGAGACGGAGAAGCAUCAGUCGCAGAAAGAUUACUCCAAGGGAUUCGGAGGGAAGUUCGGGGUGGAGAAGGAGAAGGUGGACAAAGCUGCUCUGGGCUUCGAUUAUAAAGGAGAGACGGAGAAGCAUCAGUCGCAGAAAGACUACUCCAAGGGGUUCGGAGGGAAGUUCGGGGUGGAGAAGGAGAAGGUGGACAAGGCCGCGUUGGGUUUCGAUUAUAAAGGCGAGACGGAGAAACACGAGUCGCAGAAAGAUUACUCAGCAGGUUUCGGAGGCCGAUUCGGAGUGCAGACGGACCGCAUGGAUAAGAGCGCGGCCGCCUUCUCAGACAUGGACUCUCCGACCUCUGCGUAUGAAAAAACCCAACCGUUCGAGGCCUCGAGCGCAGGAGCAGGCAAGCUGAAGGCUCGCUUCGAGAGCAUGGCCAAAGCGUCGGACGAGGAGAGCAGGAAGAAGGCGGAAGAGGAGCGAGCGAGGAGACAAGCCCGGGAGAGCCGGGAGCGAGAGGAGGCGGCGCGCCGGCAGCAGGAGCAGAGCAGCAGAGAGGAGAAAUCUCCUCCACCUCCUGUUCCAGAAGCCACUCCAGAGCACGCGACGCUCAAAGCAGAGACUCAGCAGCACAUGCCAGAAAUCCAGGAAAUACCCGAAGCGGAGGAGGAGCCGCUGUACGAAGAGCCGCCGCCGCUGCCUCCGCGCUCGGACGACUUCCCCGACCCGGACGCCGGCCCUCCUCUGCCCGAGCGGUCGGCCGGAUUGGACGAGGACGAAGGAGACUACGAGGACAUCAGCGAGCCGCCGCCUCCACCUCAACCCACAGCGACAGACGACGACUACGAAGAUCUGAGUUUUGGAAUGAAGGCGAUCGCAAUCUACGACUACGAAGGAGAGGCAGAUGACGAGAUCUCCUUCAACCCGGACGACAUCAUCACCAACGUCGAGAUGGUGGACGAGGGCUGGUGGAAGGGACAGUGUCACGGCCGCGUCGGCCUCUUCCCGGCCGCUUACGUCCAGCUCAUGUAGAAGUGAGGUACUCGUACUGCCGUGGCGCUGGAUUUCAGCCACGGCUCAUUUUUUUUAACAGCUGUUUCUUUGUGGAGCAUCACUGCAAUAAACUGAUUUCAAAUGACUUUAUUAAUAAGACAGUUCUGUCGUUUGUAUCACAAGUUUUAUUAAAUCACAUUAACUUUCAGUA